AUGACCUUCGGCCAAGGGAGUGGACCCAUCUUCCUGGACAACGUGGACUGCAAGGGCCGGGAGGCAGCCUUGAGCGAGUGCUGGAGCCACGGCUGGGGCAUCCACAACUGCUACCACUACGAGGACGUGGCUGUUGUAUGCAACGAGUUCUCACCCACGCAAGCCAGUGAAGGACCGACAAGCAGGACCCUCACAGCCUCGGUACAGGAUGGGGAAAGUGACGGCAGCAUCCGUCUGGUGAGCGGGACCGACACCUGCCGAGGCCGGGUGGAGAUCUUCUACCGCGGGAACUGGGGCACCGUCUGUGACGACGACUGGGGCCUGAGCGACGCCAGCGUGGUGUGCAAGCAGGUGGGCUGCGGCCAAGCCCUGGAUUACAAGAGCAACGCCUAUUUUGGCUACGGCACGGGGCGCAUCCUCCUGGACAACGUCAACUGCGACGGCAGCGAGCCUUUCCUCUCCGCCUGCUACAGCCUUGGCUGGGGCAUCCAUAACUGCGGCCACCAUGAGGAUGCUGGGGUCAUCUGCACAGGGCUGGACACGUCCACCAUCACGUCCUUCACCACCUCGGUGGCCCUGGACUACGAACAGACGCUCACUGCCACGGCCACAGCGACAGACGGCAGGGAGCAGCCCUCCCAGGCCACCGAGGUGGUCACCACCGGCCUCCUUACCUUCGAGCAGGAAAGCGCUGACGAUGCUGGAGACCAUUUCCAAGAAGCCACCGCUACAACCACCACGUCGGCCCCGACCCGUCCCAAGGAUGGGUCCAUGCGCCUGGUGAACGGCAGCCACCGGUGCGAGGGGCGCGUGGAGAUGUUCUACCUGUCCCAGUGGGGGACGGUGUGCGAUGACGCCUGGGACCUGCGGGAUGCCAAGGUGGUGUGCAGGCAGCUGGGCUGCGGGCACGCCGUGGCAGCCUGGGGGGAGGCACGCUACGGCCAGGGCACUGGCUACAUCUUCCUCGACAACCUCAAGUGCAAGGGCCACGAGCCCUCGCUGCUGCGCUGCUCCCACAUCCGCUGGGACGUCCACAACUGCGACCACUCCGAGGAUGCCGGUGCCGUCUGCGGCAUCCUAUGA